GCGAUGAGAUUAUAGACUCGUCGCACGGGACUAUUGAUUCUGACUGAGGAGAGGUCAAUUCAGCGAUCGACUGCUGAUGCAAUAUAUCCAGAGCAAUUGCCGGGAUGUAUCAGCAUUGCAGUGAUUGGCCACAAUGGGGGAGAUGCUCAGUAAUCCUUAUGAAGUAUUCGCUCGGUUGUUCCGGAUCGGACUGGGGGAUCGACUGGGUUGGAAAAUGCAGUUUUUGCCCACUAUUUUCUUAUGGCUGCAGUUAGAGUUCCCACCGUCGUUGCUUUUUUUUCUUAUUUUUUUUUUUUCCCCUUCCCUUUUGCACCCUCGUUUGAGGGAAAUGUUGGUUGUGGGGGAGAUGCAGCCGCGGACGACUAACCUGUAGGACUAGUGACGCCCCAUCCCCGCAUGAAGGACCGC